AUUGAGGGAUAGGAGCCCCAACACCCUAUGGCAAGCUACUAACUCGAGGCUUUUACUAGACCCCGUGCUCUCCAUUACUAGCCGGUGAAGUAUGGCUUUGACUCCGGCCCCUUCCCCUCUGUCGUACAGCGAAUCUACCAGGCUCGAUGCCAAAGACAAGCGAUUCCCAGAAGGGUACGAGACUCAGAACUUUAGUCCUGGGGUUGUAACGGUAUCGGAAGGGCCGCCGAGAAAUCUAUCGGUCUGGGCGGUAAACUCGUAUGAGAUCCGCUGCUUUAGUCUCUUCUCUUUUUCUACGUACACCUAUGGCUUUUCUGAUGGUUGGAUGCUAGCCAUGGAGAAGUUUUUCUAUCUAAUGGGAUCUAGAUUGCAAUGGGUUGAGCACACCAAUCCUCUUAUCUCUCGAAAGUUGUGGAUCGUAGGAGUCUUGCCAACAAGGUCAGAAACUGAGUGUCAGAUGAUGUCUUCGCAACACAGCACAAAUCUCCGUCGAUACGUCUCCCGCAAGCAAAGAGACCUCUCUACUGGUCCACUAGGGCCAUCGUACAACGUAGACCUGCCUUCGUCUAAACGUCGUCCAGGCAGAGCAGUUUGUUUGAGAAUAAGAAGUUCAGCACACCCACCACCUCCAUCGCCAACUCGCUCACUCCCUUGGGAUAUUGACCAAAAGCAGACGUAUUCCCGCAACUUGCACAAAGCAAAAGAAUAGAGGGGGCAAACCAGACAAGCCAGCUCGACCGUAUACAGUAUAAGGGAUUCGCCUUUGCCUCAGACAGAAGAAGAACGGACGGAUGCCCGAAGAGUUCUACCGUUGACGACAGCAGCGGGAAUGGAUUUCAAAUAGCAGCUGUUAACGACCACCGAGAAGGGCGGAUCUGACUAAUAAAAGCCAUUGCCAUUU